AUGCCGCUAGUGCCGCAGGACGUAAGAGGAGUGAGUACCCGUGCAAUGUCAGAAGCGCAGCGUGUGAGGGAAGAGGGUGCUGCAGCUCAAACCAGCGAUGCAGAAGCUAAGCCUGUGCAGGUGGAUCUUCUGCUACAGCUGCAGCAAAUGAUGGCAGAGCAAGCGCGCCGCCAAGAAGAGCAAGCGCGCUGUCAGGCAGAACAGCUGCGGGAGCUGAAAGAAGAUCAAGCGCGCCGCCAAGAAGAGCAAGCGCGCCGCCAAGAAGAGCAAGCGCGCCGCCAAGAAGAGCAAGCGCGCUGUCAGGCAGAACAGCUGCGGGAGCUGAAAGAAGAUCAAGCUCGUCGACAGGAGGAGCAAGCGCGUCGCUUGGAAGAGAUGCAUAAAGAUUUUACGAAGGGACUGCAAAAGGCUGUCGAACGGGUACAAGAAGUGGAGGAAGGGUUAGGCAAGUUGGAACAUCGCGUCAUGGCGAUAGAGGAGAGAGUGGAAGAAGAGAUCUCCAAAAUCAAGCAGGAAGUGACAAGCCUAAGCCCUUUGAAGAGCCGAAGCCGUCUUGCAGCCGUUUUUGAAGCCCCGAAUGCGGCCUCAAGCGCAACGAAAGGGCUCAAGAUUCCCCAUUACGACGGAACAACAUCCUGGACCGCGUUCAAGCUACAGUUUGAGACACUUAUGGAGGCUUAUGGUUGGACUCAGAAGGAAGCACAGUCAGCCCUCACCCUGGCCCUCCGUGAUCAAGCGCUCUCAGUGCUGGAGGGUAUCGACGCACGUGGGGAUCUCAGCUUUAGUGCCCUCCUUGACGCACUUGAGGCACGUUUUGGAGACAGCCACCUCGAGCACGUGUACAGAGCGCAACUAAAAGAGCGUACUCAGCGUGCUAAUGAGAGCCUACAGCAAUGGUCCGUGGAAAUCGAGAAACUUGUGCGUCGAGCUUUCCGGUCGACUCCGUCAAUGAUUGAAGGCAUGCUUCUCCAAGCGUUCAUUGAUGGUAUUCGGGACCCCGAAGUACGAGCUGCUGUUCAUCUGGGCCAUCACAAGAACAUGAAAGAAGCUCUGGCCCAUGCAUUGGAAGUGGAAGCCGUGCGUGGUAACUCCCGUACAUUAUGUCUGCGGGAAAUGACGACAACGGAGCAGGUACCUCCACGCCGUCGGAACUUCAUGUGCUAUGGAUGUGGAGAGCGUGGGCACAUACGGAGCGACUGCCCGAAGAAGAUGAACCGCCAGGACGCGGCGGUCUCAACUUCUGACCAGCAGGGAAACUUAAAUCCAGCCAGGGCUGCGGGGUGGGCGCUGGCUGGUAGUGGAACAACCCCAGCAAUCUACAUCAAGCAAACCAACGAUGGAAAUACUCUGGUGAUAGACGGUCAAAUUAGGUGUUGGGCGGGCGGCGGGCGGCAGGCGUUGCGUGGCGCCCACCGCCCAGCGCCACCUCUGUCCGAGCGGGCAGCGGCGCGCGAGGGCCAGUCUGAGGCCCGCGCCCUCCGCGCCCGCUCGCGAGCCGCGACUCACACGGCCGCGCCGCUGAACAUAUGGCGCGACUUCGCUAACACCUUUGUUAUGGACAAGCGUGCCACCAGCGGCCGGGGAGAGCCCAUCCCGAGCAUCCUCAAGAAACCUAAGGGCCGCCACAAAGGAGAUCUCCUGGAUAAGAGCACAAAGAUCAAGCGCGAGAAGGUGGAAGACUCCAAGAAAGGUGGAGAUGUGAGCACUCCGCUGCAGCAGGGGUGCUCUCCGCUCAUGUACGCCUGCCAGCAGGCAGACUACAAGGCGGUCGUCGAUAUACUCAAUAAGGACCCGGCUUCAGUACGUGUUCGUGACCGCGGUCUGCGGUGUGCGUUGCACUACUGCGCGUCGAGCGGCGCGGGCGCAAGCCAGGCGGCGCGUGCGGCGUGCGCAGAUCGCGUGCUGAUGGCUGCGCCGGCGCUGGCAGACGCAAGAGACGCUGAUGGUUUAACACCACUACAUCUAGCGGUCGUUCAUGGCAACGUACCGCUGGUGCAAACUCUUCUAGCUGCUGGUGCAGAUGUGAACGCCAGAGAUGAUGAACACCAUACCGUUGUUCAUUGGGCAACAGUUCUGAACUACAUAACCAUGUUUGUUUGUCAUCGCUGUAACAGUGAGAUAAGAGACGCUGUCCAAUGCACUGUGUGUCUAAAUCAUUACGACUUUCCCUGUGCUGGGAUAACCGAAGCUGGAUACCGUAGGCUGGGAGACAGGAAAGCUGUUUGGAAAUGUAGCGCCUGUAAGAUCGGGGCCUCUAGUCCGAAUCCUACUGGAAAGGUUGUGGGCGGAGCGGGGAUGACGUCUGGUGAACUUGACAGUAUUCAUCUUGAGCUGAAGAAACUUGCUGAGCAGAUGGCUUCUUUGCCUCAACUGAUAAGUAAAGUUCAGAUGAUUCAAAAUGAUCUGACGGAGCUUAAGAGCAUGAAAGACGAAAUGUUCGAAGUUAAGAAGAGUCUAACCUUUGUGCAUACCUCUAUUGAUCAGUUCACUGAUAAAAUCGCGGAGAUCGAUCAUGAAAUUCAAACGAUGCAGAAAACAAAAGAAGACAUUACUCGCCUUGAGCAGCGUUUGGAAAGGAUUGAAGUUUCAAUUCGUGAUAAUGAGCAGAGAUCGCGGUUGAAUAAUGUGGAGAUUAAGGGCGUGCCGGUAACUGCAUCUGAAAACCUAUACACGAUUGUAUCGAAGAUUGUUUGCGGUGAAGUGGGUGCACUGCGAGCGGUUUUAGCUUCCGGCGCAGACGCAGCCACGCCAGAUCAACACGGUGGAUACCCUCUACACUACGCCGCACAAAUGUGUGGCGCUCCAGCCGCUACUGACCACCAAAGCAGAGGUGCAGCUCUAGAAGUCUUGCGAGCACUAGUCAAAGAGGGCGGGGCAAGUGUAGACGUGAGAGACGCUGAUGGCCGAACCCCUCUCCUGUGGGCAGCGUCAGCAGGGUCAGCGGCUGCAGUAUUGGCAUUACACCAAGCAGGGGCCAAGGUUGACGAUGCUGACAGAGACGGACUAACUGCUCUACACUGCGCUGCUGCCAGAGGGCACACAGAAGCUUUGGAAACAUUAGUAGGUCUGUGUGGAGCGCGAGUUGACGUAGCAGAUUCGCAUGGUUGUACUCCAUUGCACUAUGCGGCUGCAUUAGGCCAUGCCGAUGCAACAUCAGCUCUAUUACAACACGGCGCCGAUUCACAUCGACAAGACCGAAGAGGUCGAAGCCCCGCUCAUACAGCGGCAGCUAAAGGACAAAUCGAAACUGUGCGGAUACUAGGUGCCCGAGGUGCUAACUUAUGGCUCCGAAACUCUAAAGGCGACUUACCUUUACAUGAAGCAGUUGCAUCCGGAAGACGAGAAUUAGUUAAAUGGCUUUUAGAUGGCCGUCCAUCCCAAGUAAACGCUACCAACCAUGAAGGUCGAACACCAUUGCAUAUAGCAGCCGCUACUGAUAAUGCUGAUCUGUGCCGCUUGUUGCUAGACCGCGGUGCUGAAGUUAAUCUAAUAGCGAGAUCAUCAAAAAACGAGCCCCUUACUCCCUUAGAUUGUGCAACAAGUCGUGGUCACCGAUCUACGGCUAAAUAUCUACAGAUGCAUGGAGGAAUACCUGCAUCUAAAUUAGCCAAUACAGAUAUUAUCAUAGAUGGGGCUCCAAUAACUGCAUUGCCCACUCGAAGAGUCACAAGUACAAAAAUAGAUGUACAUGAUAGGAUAAGGAUAGAAAAAAGAGAAGUAGUUGAACUGUCUAGCCCCGUCCAAGAGAGGCGGAAGUACCAAGAUAGAGGUAGUAGUGAUUCCAAUGAAUCUUCAGCAGAUAGCAGAAGAAGAACGACAAAGAAAAAAGCAGAAUCUCAUAAACAUAAAAAUAAUAAUCACAAAGAGCGACGAAAAAGACUUAUGCAUACACAAAAAAGUUUUAGUGACGGAUAUGAUAGUGAAUUUGAAGCUUUUGAACGGGAAGAUUCCCGUGAUCGUAAUCAUAAAAAUUCGAAGAAAAACAGAUCAAAAAGUGAACCAUCAAGGCGUCAUAAGCGUAGUGCAAAACAACACCACCACCAUCGUUAUAGAUCUCGGUCUAUCAGUUCUUCAGAAUCUGACAGUUAUUCAGAGAACAGGAGAAGCAGAAGACGCAGGCGCAGUAAAAAAAAAUCUAGUUCAUUCUCAGAAAGCAGUAGUUCAGAAUCCAGUGAAAGACGCAGUACUAAACGCAAAGGAAAAAAAACGUCAAUCCAUAUAGAAAACGAUAACGAAAAACAAAGUGUGAAUAUAAUAAAGUACAAAACAACUGAUAGUUUACAGGGUAAAGAAAAAAACGAAAAUUUUAUUACAGAUUCAGAAAAUAAAAUUGAGGGUCAGAGAUCAGAAACAGAAAAGGAGGAGAACAAAAUAGUUAAGGCAGGUCAUAGUGAAACUGAAACUGAUACGUUAUCAGUUAAAACAAACAUGAUCAUCACUGAAGCCCAAAUUCAUAUGGAACGGCAGUCUAGUCAAUUAGGAAACUCCGAAUUAAAUGUCACGGUCGAUUCUUCGAAUAACGUAUCUAUCGAAUCUACAAAUUUAUCAGUGACACACAAAGACUUAACUGAAGAAACUAAACCAAAAAGUGACAAACUAGAAAUACAAAAUAAUAAUAAAGAAGUUCUCAAAGCAGACGUGAUUGACGUCCCAAGUAAUGAAACCCAAAAAGAAUCUUCGCAAACUGAUGUUUCAACAGCUGACAAACAAGAUGCACUAGCUGGAGAUAAUCAGACGCAAAUUAAAACUUCAACGGAAGAGAAGGAUGACCAAAAUAAAGUUUCAAAUGAACCAGAAAAAAGCCAGGCUAGUAAAUCACAAACUGAAGGAGAGCAAAUUGUUAAAUCUGAAGCCAAACAAACAAGUUCUGAAAAUUUAAAAUCUCCUCAAGAUGAUAGUAAGGACCCCAGCGCAGUGUCAGACAAUGAACUGAAACAAUCGCCAACUUUCUCAGAAUUGACAAGAAGAAAGUCAUUUCAGAUAUUAUCCGGCCCAGAUGAAAUUGGAUCACCCAGUCAAAAUGCAUCGGGAGAAUUAAAAACUAGCUAUGAUGCUCCCAGUAUAGAACAAACUGAAUCUCCCGAGAAAACCAGUUCGCCAGCUGUGUCAUUUUCCAAUAAAGAUAUAAUAAUAGACAGCAAAGAACCUAAAGUUAAAACUGACCAUUUAAUGGGAGAAUCUGUCGACCAUAGUUUAGAUCCUGAAACUGAUAAACAAAUUCAAGAUAGUAUUUUACAAAAGGAUAGUAGUGAUAGUAACGUCAUAAGUUCAGAAGAGAGAAGAAAAGAUUUUCAGACGUCUACUACUGGAAGCAGCACUGAGAAUGCUCCAAGCAAUGAUAAAGGAUUACUGUCCGUACUUGAUGAUAACGUCCCUACGAGUGACCGUGCAGUUCAGCAAGUUAUUUUAGAAAAUUUGUCAGAAGAAUAUGAUGUAGACUUGACUUUGCAUCAGACGACACCAACCAGAGUGCGAAAGACAUCCAAAGAAAGCCAAGGUAGCAGUCGAAAGAGUAGCAUAUACGAAACAGAAAGUUACAAAGUACUGUCGGAUAUUGCUAGUGCUCCAGAUGCUACAACUGGGAUUCUUAAAAAAACAGUAUCAAAAGUUGAUGAACCUUCCCUGGAAGACGGAGAAACAUUUGAAGGGGGAAGUAUUUCAAAAGAUGGUUACAUAGGAAGGGUACCAAGUGUCAGUGACAACGAAUUGUACAGUCAUAGUGAAGCAAAUGGCCGAAGAAAACGUUUUCGCAAAAAAGGAAGAACGAAAAGUCGAACAACUAUUAGAUCAAAAAGUGAAAACUCAGAGAGAGGGUAUGAAUCUAGUGGUUUAAUGGAUUCUGGUUUUGAACCAAGUCCCAGAGCUAUUCAGCGUAGAAUAACAAGCCCUCGUCUCGCAGCUUAUUAUAAACAAAGAAAUGCCAGCGGAAGGUAUUCAGGAAAGUCUGACAGUCGGAUCCCGGUUCGAAAACCAGGUGACAAAAAUGCCGUUGAUAUGAAGUCUGUUACUCAGAGAAUUCAGACAAAUAUGAGACGGUAUUAUUGCGAAAGAAAGCUUUUUCAACAUUUAUUAGAGUUAAAACGACUUCAAAUAAGAACCAGCAAAGCAAAUGAAGCGGUACUCGUCAAGAGAGCCAUCGACGAAUAUAAUAAAUCAAGUCUAGCUAACGUUGGUCUGGGUCCAUACAAUACUCCAGAUUAUUCCUUUAGUAGCUUUGAGAAAUUUCUUUAUGAAAGUUUGAGAAAGCUACAAAAGAGUGGAAAGAAACAUUUGGAUAAUUUACCAGAGAAACCAAUUGACUUUGACUAUGGAGAAAGUGAAUUGUACAAAAUGAGUGCUAUUCCCGACAACCCAUGUCUUUGUACUAGCAAGACCCACAGGUGUUACCAUGCGGUCCACGCUUAUACUGGUAUACCGUGCUCAGCGUAUAUACCCUACAAAUGGAACCACCACACAAUGCCGAAACCCGCAACAGCUGGUGGUGGAUCAAAAUCAAAAGGUUUUCUUCCGAAAAUAAAUUCUAAACCCCCAUCAGGUACUGCAAAAGCGCACGUCACUCUAGAAGUGUCACACGGGACUGAAAAGCAGUUGAUAGCGUUACCAGCUGAGAAAUUGGACAAGAAUAAACGAUAUUAUGUCACGUUCACUGUAAAGGGAUCUGAGCCGACGUCUGAUAACGACAACUCUUCUCCGAGCGCGACUUUAAACACCAAGAGUGUAAGGACAGGAUGAUUGUGAUAAUAGUUUACGUUUGACGACAAACCUGUACUAAUCACUGCCAGUAUUCAAAAAAAACUGUAGGUUGGGGCAAAUAAGAGAAUAGGCCAGUAACGCGCUGCACCUACAAAAUAGUGAUUAGACUGAACGAAGCCGUCCAUUACGACAAAUAAAAACUAAUAAUUAUUUAUUUUUUAUAAUUCUUAAUAAAAUAUUAUCUAUGUACGAAUAUCUGUCAGAGUAU